UUUAUUUAAAGUGCUGGUUGCUUGCAAGCAAGAAGCUGGGAGAGAGAAAAAGGAAAACCUUCUUUCCUUCUCUCUGUUAAGUUUAUUUCAUCCAAACCUAAAAUCCCCGACAACCACCGAUUACUGAUUUCAAUUACAUAAUAACGAAUCAAGAAGAUCCUUUUCGGAGAAAUACACAAAAAUGGUGUCGGCGAACCAGGAAAUGGUUGUUUACUGCUUUGACACCCUCGUCGCUCACUACAACAACCAGGAACCUCCUCCUCCGGCCUUCGAUCAGGCUCAGCACCCAUUGUUUGUUACAUAGAAGAAAGUGGUGAAUGGAGGAGAUCCUCGACUUCGAGGAUGCAUUGGAACUCUGGAAGCACGCAGCUUGAUCAGUGGGCUCAAGGAUUAUGCACUGACAAGUGCCCUCAGGGACAGAAGGUUUCCACCCAUACAGGCUAAUGAGCUUCCGUUUUUGGAGUGUACAGUGUCUAUUCUUACUGACUAUGAAACUGCUAACAAUUAUCUAGAUUGGGAGAUAGAAAAGCAUGGUAUAAUUAUUGAAUUUUCUGAUCCUGUGUAUAGCACAAGGCGUAGUGCUACAUACCUGCCUGAAGUGGCUGCCAAUGAAGGUUGGACAAAAAUAGAGGCCAUUGAUUCUUUGAUACGUAAAUCAGGAUACAAUGGUCCUAUAACCGAUGAACUUAGGAUGCAAUUACAGCUAACCAGAUACCAAAGCACCUUAUUUACCAUGCACUAUAGUGAAUACGUCUCCUAUGUGAAGGAGAGAAGAGGUGAAGCUCCUAUUCUUGCAGCUAAAUCACCUCACUACUAAAUUCUCCAGCCAAACUUUCUAAAGGCUGCAUAUAAUAUAUUUGCUGAAAAAAUAAUUCUAUUUAUCAAUAGAGUUAAAAAAAUAAAAAAGAGAAAGAACCCCACUUGCAAAGGGUUGGAACCAAUGUUUGUCUAACCCUAACUACUGAAGUGUUGAUGCAACUUUUCUAUACUCUUCAAAUUUGUGUGCUUUUAACUCAUUUCAUGUGACUUAAUUCAGCAUUUUAUGAAAGUUGUGUACGGUUGAACUGUUU